UUCGCGCUGAACGCACGCUGAUUGUCUCGCACAAGCCGCCACCGGCCGCGAUCUCGCGUAGACGUAUUCCGCCAAGCUGCAGCUAUCUCAUCCACCCGCCGAAACCAAUAUAUUGUCGAUAAUUCUGCCGACACAGUUCCAACUUUGUUUCGAAUUUCUCAUUCCUGUAUCAGAACCACAAGUUUAAAGUUUCACGCGUUCGCUGUGACAUCGAGUUAAAUCUCCGCCUUGUUCUAGUGCUCGAGUUUUGCCCUCCCAGAAAAAAAAACAGUGAAAAAAAAAAGAAAAACAUUUGGUAUAGGUAGAAAAAGUUCAAAACAAGAGAGUGCGCUUCUUCGACGUUAUGAACCUGUCAGACCCUUCUGGGGGGCGCGCGUGAUGGACUCAACCAAGGAGUGAACGCGAGGAACUCAAGUGAAGCAGCCGGAAGAAGAAAUCGUAAAUAAUACGAAAUUUACGCGUCAAGAAUAUAAAAUGAAAUCGUUGUGCGGGCUGAUACUGCUUGUUUUCCUUGGUUUCGUCUAUGCUGACGACUGUACCACUGGCUUCUCAGUGGUAGCACCGGAAUUAGCUGUGCCUGGCAAAACCACAGCAGUUUUGAUCACUCUGCAUGGUCCAGCCAGCUUGCAACCUUUAAAUGUGACGCUUCGACUACUCCCAGAUCCUGCGCAGGAUUUCAGCGAAGAUGGACCGUCUACACUUGCUAAUGACGUGCCGCUUGUUAUAGCAACGCAGGAAAUCAAAGGUCAUGGCAUUCUGCCGUUGGAAGUUCCGGCUGACUUGGCGGGCGCGUUCCUGCUACAGACGCUCGUGAAUUGCACCGGAAGCAGUGCCGCCGCCGUCGCCACCAACACUGUCGCCAAUGCAAGCGAUGAAUGCCAACUGCGGAGCUCGUCGCAGAUGAGACUCGUCGGGCCGGUCAGGGAUGUUAUUAUUCGGCCCGCCAAGCAUGCAUACUCGCCCAGCGAGAAAGUUUCUUUUUGGGUGUUGGCUCUGGAUCACGAUCUGCAAAUCGCCUCCAGCGCAACGGGUACAGUGAGUGUGAUGGACCCGGCCGGGACAAAGGUCGCAUUCUGGGAUCAAGUGUCACUGGACGAAGGCGUGAAAUCAUUCAAUUUACCGCUGUCAGAGUUUGUGCGUUUCGGCCGUUGGUCAAUUCACGUCGAAGUGCAAGGCAAUGAAUUCACCGCUCCCAUCGAAGUGGCGCCGGGGGCGGGCGGUGGCAUUCCUGAUGUGGCCGCCGCUGAAGAGCACUACGUUGAACUACGUUUCGGCAGAGAAAUGCGCAGACGAUACAAACCAGGAUUACCAUUCUCCGGAAAGGUUGAGGCUAUGAGUACUGAAAAGUCAGUGCGGGUGCGUGUGAAAGUUUACGACAACACCACUUCAAUCUACAGUCAAGACAUCGAGAUAACAAACGGUGAAGGGACGUUCAUCGUGCCUGCUAUUAUGGCCGACAGUGACGUCAUCGCGUUACAGGCUGAAUUGGUCUCCGUGGAAAGCAAAGAAAUCGAAAGCCAUUAUGUACUUGCACGCGAACCAAUCCACAAAUGGAAUUCAUCAUCCGAUUGCUAUCUGCUCAUCGAGGGCGUCGAACACACCCUUCAACCCGAGGAAGAAGCUCACGUGGCAAUCCUAUCGACAUGUCCGUGUGAGCGCGACCUGCAUUACGUCAUCACGACCGAUGGGCGCGUCACGGAUUGGGCGCAGCGCCGCUACGAGGACCCGCUGCCAGCGGCCGGGAGCGCCGCGCAACCUGCGGGCGCCGUCUGCCGAUUGAAUUUCAGUUUCAAUGUGAGAUCUGUAAUGGCGCCUGUCAGUCAACUCCUGGUUUACUACAUCACCCCACAGGGUGAACCCGUCAGCGAUGUGAUCAGCUUCGACGUUAAACUGCUACAUCGACAGGUGUAUAUUAUGAUGGAAGAGCGCGAAUGGUGGCUACCGAAUCAAGCCCUUGACUUGGAGGUGAUUGCGGAAUCGUCGUCGUUAGUCUGUCUGCUUGGAGGACGAUCUGGUGGCGGUAAUGAUGUCCGGUUUGACCCGCGCAUCAGUGAAGAACGCUACGAGAACAGUAUCACUGGUGAAGUGGACUUUCUGGAAGCAGGAGUGUCGUUCUUUCAACGGCAGUGUGUUAAACACGAUACAGGAAUGUCAGCAGUGUCAUACAGGCAGCGAGGAUCCGGAGCUGGACCUGCAUCAAACCGGAGGAGACCACCGGAGAGUUUAGUCGGAGGCACAGCGUUGGAUCAAUUGUGGUUAUGGAAAUGUUUUAAUUACACUGCUGAAAUAGCAUCCUCUGGUCUGACAAUCACCGGCCCAUCCGAAGCGGGCAAAUGGUCCCUUUGGGCAUUGACCGUCUCGACCAACGGCGGGUUGCGCUUCUCCGCUCCCGUGAAUAUUAAAGUUUUCCGCCCGCUGCAAGCCGAAUUCCAUCUGCCUCCAACUCUGCGAGUGCGCGAAACCUUGGAAGUCGAUAUCAAAAUUAGCAACAAUAUCAACUCCUGCAUGGAUAUUACAGCUUUAUUGGCAUUGAGUGAAGGCGCUCAGUUUCUCAGCAAUGGUCUACUCUACGUCACGGAGAGAUUACGCCUUGGGCCUCAGGGUGCAACAUCCUUAGUGGUCCGAUUACUGGUCACUACACCAGGGCUUAAAAACAUGACAGUGGAAGUCAAUGGUUAUAGCAGUCCUUCCUGUGAUGGUACAGAAGGUGUAAGUAACACAUCUCUAGCUGGUGCAGUGGUACGUUCUGGAACUGUCAACGUGCUUCCCGAAGGCGUAGUGAAAACCGACACGGAGAGCGCAUACUUUUGCGCCAACGAGAACAUGAUCAUCUCAACGGUGGACAGCUUCAAGUACGAAUGGAUCGGCGCGCCUCGGAAUCGCGAUGGCAUCAUCAUGGAAAUCAAGAGCGACGGCGGCAAACGAUCAGGUCCCGUGCAUGUCGCGCUCGCCAGCAGUCAUCUGCCCAACGACAAGAUGUACAAGAUCACGCUAGGGGCCGCCGAGAAUACGAUAAGUUGGUUGGGACGUGGCAAGCAUGAAUAUGAUGUGCAACUUGUGAGCAUUCCGACACCGGGCAUCCUCUCACAGGAUGAAUGGCGUACAUUUUGGUUAACAUGGGAGAAGGGAAUCAUCGCAUUUGGGCGCGGCUCAACACUGAUGAAUCAGACACUCUUCAAGUGGAAGAUGGACAAGAAGGUGAAGAUCCAACAGAUCGGCUUUGCGUCUGCAUGGGGCAGCCUUGCCGAAUUCAGAGUGUGGAAUUUCAACGAUGAAUCAGGAUUCUCGCAGGUUCUCCAUCUCGACACGCCAAAAUCUGUAGUUCCAGGUUCGGAGUCUGGGGAACUUCAGAUUUCUGGUGGUUUGGCAUUGCCUACAUUUACUAGAUCUCAUCAAACCGGUGCACUUUCUGAUACACUCUCUACUCUUACCAAUUUACUUGCUCUGCAACAUAUGGGUUCGAAAGCUAAUGAAACGUUGCGUCAAGAUGCUUUUGAUAACCUCCCGGGACAAAUUCAGACUAUGCUAGCUUACCGCAAGGAGGACAACUCGUUCAGCGAGCAUCAGAUGUUAGCUAGCCAUAAAUCCACGGUGCAAGUGCUGGAAGCGCUCACCAAAGUGCAGAACCAUUUCGGCAUUGAUCCGGAGCUAAUCCGUGGCGUUAAGAAGUGGGUUCAACUGAGGCAGGAGGACGAUGGCAGUUUUGCGCCCUUGAAAGCGGAUCUCAAGUAUCCGAACGCAAGCGGUAUCGCCCUUCACGAUGUGGUGGAGAUUACCGCUGAGACAGUGAUCGCGCUCUACGAGAUUGGGAUUGAUAACGAUGCGGAUGCCGAUACGGUGCAGAAGGCGAAGGUUUAUCUAGAGAAUGCGCUACCUAAUCUCAAAUCGACCGAAACUAUUGCAGCCGUCACGCUGGCGUUGUUGUUGGCGAGGAGCGCCACAGCUUCAUGGGCAGUGGAAAGAUUGAGGAACAUUUCAACUUCGGAUGAUGGAGAAUUUGGAUGGCCACAUGUUGUACCAAAGAGGGAUGCAGCUGACUGGUUGUAUGAGUCUGAAGCAGGGAAAACUCUAAAAGAACCUUUGAUUGCUACAGUAGAGGAAUACAAAGCAUCACUGUAUGCAUUGUCGACAUUCUGUCUGAUUGGUGAUUUAAAAUUCGCUGAAUCAGUCACACGGUAUCUCUUCUAUCGCUCGCAUAUGCUGGACAAACAUGGCGAAUUACUUUAUCCGGCGGUCAAAGCCUUUGGACGGUAUGACGCUCUUGCAAAGGAUAAGCAUCGGUCUCUGACGAUUUCUCUCGCUACGUCCGGAAUGGAGCUUACUGAUACACUCGAAUUGAAACCUGAUAAACUACCAGAUAUUCUACAUUUACCCAGUUUACCAACCAAAGUGUUUGUGUAUGCAACUGGUGCUGGAUGUGCAACAGUCACUGGUAAAACAAUGUAUUCCACAUAUUCUGCGUUGAGUACUACACCUUUAUUGGAACUCUAUUCAGCUGUAGUGCAAGAAAUUCUACCAGAUCGCAGCUCUGUUGAGGAAAUUGAAGGAAAAUCACCAAUGUUAAAGAUAAAAACUUGUUUCCGUUGGAAACAUCCCCAACCAUCUGGGGUGCUACGCAUGGAAGUGGCAUUGUUUUCCGGUUUUGAGCUGACAGGAGCGCCGCCAUAUUUAAUAGACCCUAUGGAAAAUAUGGCCGAAAUGGAGCAUGGUUAUAACGCAAACAAUUUGUGGUUUGUUUUUGCAAAUGUUUCCUCUGCAUGUCCGGUUUGCGUUCAGUAUUUAGCACGAAGUGUCUACGUCAUUUCCUCGCUGAGACCUGCGUACGCAAAGAUCUACCCAGCUAACAGAGAAGAUCUUGCUGCCGAAGCAUUUUUCCACACACAAAUUGGCAGUCCAUUGUUGCAAGGUAUUACCGAAGAUGAUUUGAUUACAUGGUUUGGAAAGAAUUCGACUAAUAACAGUGAAAUACUCAAUGAAUGUAUUACAAAACAAGUGACAACCACACCUGCGCAAAGUGAAAUUACUGAAACAACAGAAACCACUACUCUGCCUACUGAUAUUGUUAAAAUAACAACCAGUCAAGGAGCAAUUAAAGAAGAUUUAAGCGUUACUACAUACACAAUCAAUGUGGAUAAUAAUUCAAUCAGGAAUUUGACCAAAGAUCGGUUUUUAAUUGAACCUACAGCAGUGCCAAUAAAACUCGUAGCUACAACUGUUUCCAGUGCCACGACUGUUACUAAUAUGGCGACCACUAAUACAGUAACGCCCUCUGUAGUACAAAGCACAGCCGCGCCAAUAAAAAGCACUAAAACAGACGAGAUUAUUGUUCAAGGUAAAGACGUGGAAGUCUCUACCAUUCCAGAUGCCAAAAUCGAAGAUAAUUUAAUUGAAACGCACGACAGCAAGCCAAUCAUUGAUGCCAAAAUGGACGCCACCGAGGUGGAUGUCAUUUCGGUCACUAACGAACCGAAUCAACUCAUCGUUGACCUCAACGUCCAGCCACCAAAGCACAUAAACACCGAGAAACUGCCUGAAAUUCCGGCGGAACUAAUCGAAAACGUGCCAACGACCGAGGAGCCAAAAGCGACGUUUGCGCCAGAACUGAAAAACGAUCGCUACGUUCUUCUCGACAAGGAAGCUCUAUGGGGCAUGCUGAAGGAAGUCGUCGACGACGAGUUACGCAAGAGCAAUAGCAAACUGUUCGAUGGAGAACGCCUCAGACGUCAGGGCUACUCGUAAAUAACAAACCUGAAAAUGUGAUCCAACAUUGAGAAAAAUGAAAGACUAUUAAAGACUAUUUUACAUGUUGCAUGUUUACAAAAUUGGACGCAGUUGAAUGUGAAAUUUAUGAACGUACACACCAAGUUUUGUAUAUAGAUAAGAUGGCGGCCAACUAGCUGCGACCACGUAAAGCUUUCACACAAUAUUUGUGCCAAAACCAAAAUAUGAGACACUUCUUUCGAACAAAACACUUCCCACUAGAGCACAAGACCUUUUGUAACAUAUAUAUUACUGUAAAUAUUUUUAGGGAGAAGAAGCGCAAAAGAAAGUGUUACCAUUCCGCCCAAACAAGAAGAAAAACAAACAUAAAACUGUACAAUGGUGCCAAACCGGAAGUGAAGAAAGUUUUUAAAAACCCUGAUGGGAUUGGAGGUGCACGACACUUUUCUAAACGUUUACUUGUCGAAACAUCGAAUUUUUUAAUGUACGCCAAAUAGGUGCGAGUAUAAAAACUUCUAGUUAAAACGUAUUGUACUACUCUAAACAUGAAAAUGCUACACACACAGAAAUGUAUUUAACGGAAAGCAACAACACCUCUAUGAUGAAGCACAUUUUGUAAAUACAUUUUCUCGAGCCCUUGUUCCGUCACUAUACUAUAUACUUAUAAAUAUAAAAAUUAAACGUAUAAAAUUAAUAAUAACUAUAUAUUUUAUAAAUAUUUGCACGUCAAUUCAUUAUUACUUGUAUCGAUAUAAUAUCUAAAGCCAAAAGUCGAUGUUGACGCCAAAAAAAAAACCUAAAUGAUACGCGCGUUUACGUUGGGUUUAGUUUUGUUCUUAACGUCAAACUAAGCUCAAUUUAAACAAUCAGUAGAUGAUUAAUAUUACUGUAAUAUUAAAUACCUUAGAGUACACUAAAUACAUGAACCCGUAACGAUAAGAAAAUGCGUCAAUAAAAUCGUAUUUAUUUGUAAAUAACUCGUAGGAUGCGUGCGCUCAAUAAAGCUAAGGAAGUAAUCAAGUUAAAGCAAGUAAACAAACAUGAACAUUACACAGAAGCAAUAUUAAUGAUUCUGUUGCGCGAGUAGUGACAAGUUCAACUUGGAGCAAAGCAUGUGAAGAUGUGUAAGAAAUAAUUGAUAUGUGGCUGCGUUAUUAGCUCUAUUUUAAAUACACGAUUCCACAGAAAUGACAAAAAGAAGUAUUAAUGUAUUCAUGUCAUAUCAAUGUUAAUAAAAUUGCAUUUAAAAAAAUAAUAAAUCUAUGUUCUUUACUGUA